GCCUCCCCAGCGUCCCUUUAAACGCCAAAUGUCAAACGGGAGCAGCCAAUCAACCCAGAGGAAAUUAAACCCGCUGAAGUAAAUGAACAGACGAUGCAGAUCAAAUUUCAAAAUCCCCAGGUGAACGAGAUAAAGCUAAUGGGCUGUCCGACCGGCAUCUAGACCUCAGACUGGAUCCAUGCAGGAAUAUUAACCUCUUUGUAAUUAUGGCUGAUGAGUAUCCAGAGCAAAAUACAUUAUCAUCCUUAAUCAAAAAGCCUCCAUCAGACUGUACAGAAGCUGAACAAGAUAGCGACAGUGUGUGGAGCAGUGCCUCAGAGUGCCAGAGUGAGAUUGAAAGCAGAGGAACGUCAUCAGCCGAAUUAUUCUCCAAUGAACCUCCUACAGUGCGAGUGAGACCAGAUGACGGGGAUGAGAUUGAGACAUUAAUCCGAGCUGCAGAGUUGCUGGCAUUAGAAAGAGCAAAGCUUCAACAGUCUAACUUCAAUACAUCAGGGGAUAUAUCAGCUUCUAAGGAAAACACACCAAAGGGCCCUCAACAAGAGCUAAAACUUAGCACUCCCUUGAACAAUAUAAAGAACUAUUACAGCCAUUCACAAAAAUUUGUUGGGGAUAUUGAUUCAGGUUAUUUUGGCAACAAUAAAGAACCUAACAGAGCUGAUGAAGCUGUGACUUCCGUAAGCUUUCUUCAUGAAUCUAAUAUACAAGCUGCAAAUGGAGUAAAUGGAAAGGUCACUCACGUGUAUUCCUUCAAUAACGACAUACCAAGAAAUCACUGUCAUUCAUCGCACAGCACCAGCAGAGAUUCACAGACCAGAGAUCACUUCUUCAUACCCAGCCUUGAGACAGCAGGCAAAAUGAACGUGGAUGAUAUACCACGAUUAUCUCUAGAUUCCAUGGGCAGCAUGAAUCAUGACAGAGAGGCCUACGAGGAGAGAACAAGAGUAAGCAAAGAUGUGAAAGAAGUGUGUAAUUCUUCGAUCAGAGAGUUUGCAACCGAAGAAUCUCAGAAUCCUCAAGGAAGACCAUCAUUAAGGGGACUUAGUGAUGGCGUUCCAUUUCAUGAGAGUUUUAGGAAUGGGACCUCAGUUGAGAUGUCAACCGCUGUACAUGACGAGUGCAGUAAACUGUUGAAGUUUUCCCUCAACUCAACCAGCAGCCUUGCACAUGUUCUGAGGCUGUUGCGCCAGGUGUUGACUUUGCAGCUGAAAACAGAAACCUCUUGCGUAGCUGAUAACGCACUUGAAGAGCUAGAGGAAUAUGAAGCCCAGCAUUCUAGCUUGGAGGCCAAGCUUAACUCGACAGCAGUCCAGCUACAGGGAGUUGUGUCUCAGAUGCAGGGUGUAGAAGCUCGUCUACUAGAGCAGGAGGAGGAUGCAGCUCGGACGGAUCAGUGUGUUAUGCAGUUGUUGCAACAAGUUGAAGAAGGACUCUCAACAAGUGGCUUAGAGCAUUUCAUGGCCAUCACUUCUCCAAGAAGACGAAGCACCUUGCGGACCUUAGAAGAUAUUACAUCAGCAAUGACUCUCUUGCUUGGAGAACUCAAAAGGAAAACGUCACGUUCACGCAGUCUAGAAGAGGAGCUCCAGCGGUGUGCCCAUGAAAUAGACUCGCUGAGAGAGGCUGUCCUCCAGAAAGAAGCAAGAAUGAGAACUUCAGAUCUUGAACUUCUGCGCCUCAAGGAACACAACAGCCGGGACUACACCUCCCUGAAGCAGUGCUUGGCACAAGCGGAGGAGAGCCUGAACGACUCACACACAGAGAGAGCACGCUUAAGUGAGCUCAUUAAGAAACAGACAGCUGAGCACGAGGGGACAAGACAAAGGCUUCAGCACCAAGUUUCCGAGCUUCAGCGAACAUUGGACGCAAGAGUAAGUGAACUGGAACACGGUCUCCAUAAUGCUCUUAAAAAGAAUCAAGCAGAUGAGUCGACAAUAAAUGAGCUUCGGAAUCAGCUCAGCCUCAAAGCAGAUCAGGUCAAACUGGUAGAUGAAGAGAAUGGACUUUUGGUUGAAGGGUUGAGAUCAACUCUGAAGCACCAGCAAGCAGAAAUAGAGCAGUUACGCUUUGCAGUUUGACUCGACAGUGGCUGAAAAGCAGAGCCUUUCAAAGAGGGUUGUUGAUCUAGAGACUGAACUGCAUGCGGAACAAGAAACACAUCAGAGAGUCCAAGAGGAAGCAUCAGAAUUAAGGUCUGAUGUUCGAAAUCUGAAAGUCGAGCAUGCUGAAACUCUGAAGGUCUUACAAGACAAGGUGGAUAAUAGCAUGGCUGUGA